AUGUUACAACCGACGAGGACACUUCAGAAAGGCAUUAGACAAUACGAACAUAUGCCUCUGCGCUGCAGCGGAAUCUUUAAAUUAGAAAAGGAGCGGAGGCCCCGAGUUGCAAAUAUCGAAAUAUUACAAGCUCGAGGGGGUAAUUGCGAUGGACAACUUCACAGCGCAACAACGAAUGUUCCUGAUGCGGGACACAGUGAAACCUUGUCGCAUCGUGUUGCUCCGUCAACAUACGGCGAUGCAAACUAUCAUGUAGCAUGCGUGAGGCAUCAACAGUGGGAUAUGACGUUGAUCCGACCCCGUCGUUUAGUAGAGGUUGUGAGAUCUGCGACGGAAAUAAGUUGUCAUUUACGAAGUCACGACUUCCCUAUUUACCUCGAAAAACGCAAAGUCAGCGAAAUCGGUAAUAGGCAGCGAAAGACAAGUUCAAUAAAAUCUUCGGAGCAUUUAAGGCCAAUUUAUAAGCUUAAAAAGCGAUGUCAAAGCAUACAAAGGAUUGCGAUGGAAAUGCCUCAAGAGACAAAUUCUGCAAUGGUGGACAUGACAUGCAGAACUUCAACUAUGAAACGAGGGUUGUGA